CGUAAACGUUCUGGCGAAUUUGACAGAUCUUGACCGUGUAAACAUGGCGAGCCUGGCUGAUGUCGGCUGGAAACUCCUGGAAUUCAAAGCCCGAUCAAAAAGAUCAGAUUUGUGAUUUAGCUGAGAGAGACGAUUGGCCUUAAUUUCACCUUUUGAGAAUGGCCGGCUCAGUGGCCGCGAUUGCCCGGCCUCAUCGGAAAGUUCACAAACUGGGUUCCAUCUAUGAACCUCUUAAGCUGUCCAUUCUUCAGCGUGAGGAUGAGCCCCUAUGGGAGAAGCUGGACCGCUACUACAAUGCCGUCAAGACAACAAUUCUGAACUACCAGAGUCCCACCACAGGCCUUUUCCCAGUCAAAACAUGCUCCACGUGCAAAGAGGCCAAGGUCCGGGACUCCCUGUACUGUGCUGCCAGUGCCUGGGCUCUGGCUAUGGCCUACCGACGCAUUGACGACGACAUGGGGCGAACCCAUGAAUUGGAGCAUUCUGCCAUCAAGUGUAUGAGAGGAAUCCUCUACUGCUACAUGAGACAGGCUGAUAAGGUGGAGCAGUUCAAACAGGAUCCCAGCCCUUCUAAGUGUCUGCACUCAGUGUUUAACGUAGACACUGGUGAUGAGGUCUACUCCUACAGUGACUACCACCACCUACAGAUUGACGCUGUUUCUCUGUUUCUGCUGUACCUUGUGGAGAUGAUCUGCUCUGGUCUGCAGAUCAUUUACAACACUGAUGAGGUUUCCUUCAUCCAGAACCUGGUGUUCUGUGUGGAGAGAGCAUACAGGGUGCCUGACUACGGCAUGUGGGAGCGGGGCAGCAAAUACAACAACGGCAGCACUGAGCUGCAUUCAAGCUCUGUGGGCCUGGCUAAAGCUGCUCUGGAGGCCAUCAAUGGAUUCAACCUGUUUGGAAACCAGGGCUGUUCAUGGUCAGUGAUAUUUGUGGAUCUGGACGCCCACAACAGGAACAGGCAAACCCUCUGCUCCCUGCUGCCCCGAGAGUCUCGCUCCCAUAACACAGAUGCAGCCUUGCUUCCGACCAUCAGCUAUCCUGCCUUCGCGGUGGACGAUGAUGCUCUGUACAGUCAAACACUGGACAAGAUAGUUCGCAAGCUGCGAGGCAAAUAUGGCUUCAAACGUUUCCUCCGCGAUGGCUACCGCACCACUAAUGAAGACAAGAAUCGCCGCUACUACAAACCUGCUGAAAUGAAGCUUUUUGAUGGAAUUGAGUGCGAGUUUCCCAUAUUUUUCAUCUACAUGAUGAUUGACGGUGUGUUCAGAGGAAAUAAAGCUCAGGUUAAAGAAUACCAGGACCUCCUUGAACCCAUCAUCUUCCAGUCUUAUGAGGGCCAUGCUGUGAUCCCCAAAUACUACUACGUACCGGCUGAUUUUGUGGAGGCAGAGCAGAACAAGCAUGGAAGCCAGAAGCGUUUCCCUAGCAACUCUGGACGUGAUGGGAAGGUCUUUCUGUGGGGUCAGGCCCUGUACAACAUCGCCAAGCUGCUGGCGGAUGAGCUGAUCAGCCCUAAAGAUAUUGAUCCCAUCCACCGCUACGUGCCCCGCCAGGACCAGCGCAAUGUCAGCAUGCGAUACUCCAAUCAGGGUCCCAUAGAGAAUGAUGUUGUGACUCACGUGGCCCUGAUAGCGGAGAGCCAGAGACUGCAGGUGUUUCUGAACACCUAUGGCAUUCAGACCCAGACGCCCCAGCAGGUGGAGCCAAUCCAGAUCUGGCCUCAGAAAGAACUGGUCAAGGCAUACCGUUUCCUUGCCAUCAAUAAGAAGCUGGGAUUGAGUGGGCGUCCAGAGAGGCCAGUGGGCUGCAUCGGGACCUGCAAGAUUUAUCGAAUCCUGGGCAAGACAGUGGUGUGCUACCCAAUAGUGUUUGAUCUAAGUGACUUUUACUUGUCCCAGGAUGUUAUGCUACUGAUUGAUGACAUUAAGAACGCCCUGCAGUUCAUCAAACAGUGCUGGAAGAUGCAGGGACGUCCUCUCUUCCUGGUUCUCAUCCGCGAGGAUAACAUCAAGGGCAGCCGCUUCAACCCAGUCCUGGACAUGCUGGCAUCUUUCAAGAAAGGCAACAUUGGAGGGGUCAAAGUUCACGUCGACAGACUUCAGACCCUGAUAUCUGGAGCAAUGGUGGAGCAGUUGGACUUCCUGCGUGUUAACGAAGCAGAGAUCUCAGAGUUUAAGAGCUUCGAAGAGCUGGAGCUGCCUAAACACUCAAAGGUGAAGCGACAGACGAGUACGCCCAAUGCCUCGGACCUGGAGCAGCAGCCGGAGAUCAGUGUGGAGGAGUGGCUGCACAAGCCCACAAAUGAGAUCAUCCAGAAGUUCCAUGACUCCAACUGCUUGGCCAGUCAGGCACAGCUUGCAGGCAUCCUUCACAGGAGAGAAGGACCAGACUUCCUUGCCAAAGAUGAGAACCUGAUGGAUGAACUGGAGAGAAUCUACAGAAGAGCUGGUAGCAGAAAGCUUUGGUCUGUUGUCCGUCUUGCUGCCAGUCUCUUAACUAAGCUAGUGGACAGCCUUGCCCCCAGUAUUACUAGUGUUUUAGUGCAUGGCAAACAGGUGACCCUCGGCGUAUUCGGGCAUGAGGAGGAGGUGAUCUCCAACCCACUGUCACCAGGGGUGAUCCAGGGCAUCAUCUACAGCAAGUGCUCCCCUCGUGGCGAGGAGCAGGAGUCGGUUCUCCAGCAGGAGCUGGUCAUCCAUAUCGGAUGGAUUAUCUCCAACAACCCAGAGCUGUUCAGCGGCAUGCUCAAGAUCAGAGUCGGAUGGAUUGUCCAGGCCAUGAAACAUGAGCUGAAUAUCCAGGCUGGAGGCAUGCCACACCAGGAUAUCUACCAACUCUCCCCCAGCGACAUCAAGCAGCUCCUGCUGGACGUCCUGCAGACGCAGCACACUAGCAGUUCUUGGCUGAACAGGCGUCAGAUCGAUGGCUCUCUGAACAGGACCCCUCUGGGCUUUUAUGAUCGUGUGUGGCAGAUCCUGGAGAGGACCCCCAAUGGUAUUAUGGUGGCUGGGACUCACCUCCCACAGCAACCCACACUGUCUGACAUGACCAUGUAUGAGAUGAACUUCUCCCUGCUGGUGGAGGACACACUGAAGAACAUUGUCCUGCCUGAGUACAGACAAAUCAUUGUAGAGUUGCUGAUGGUGGUGUCCAUAGUGCUGGAGAGAAAUCCGGAGCUGGAGUUUGGCAACAAGGUGGAUCUGGACAAUCUGGUGAAGGAAGCCUUCAAUGAUUUCCAGAGGGAUCAUAGCUGUUUUGAAGGCAUAGAGAAACAGGAUGAUAUGGAGGCAUUCUACAACACACCACCAAUGGGAAAGAGAGGCACCUCUAGCUAUCUGACAAAGGCUGUUAUGAUCCAGUUGCUGGAAGGGGAUGUCAAGCCCUGCAAGGACGACCCAUGCUCCGUUAGUUAGAUUUACAAUGCUUUGACCCCUAAUCCCAGCCCUCUGCAGUGUAGUCAUCAAAUGGUCCAGCAAGGAUUACUGAGCAUCCAUCCCAUGUAUUCAGAAGAUAACCUCUAACCUCUCCAGGCCCCCUUCAGUAGAACUUGACCCACUCCUGCAAGCUAUAUUUUUCCUCAACUUCUGCCUCAACAGCAGAAGCUGUAAGCAGAGGCCUCAACUGUAUCGGAUUAGCAUGUCUCUAGUUUGCUCCAGGCAUUAAAAUGCAUCCACUAGUCAUCCUUAAAAACAAAAAUGUCACAGUAUCACCGCAGUCUCAUUAGUUUUAUUUCUACACAUCUUUCUUUUGUCAGAGCACUGCAUCUUGACAGUAAUGCAUAUUUAAAUAAAGCUAGCUAGCUAGCUUUGUCUGAAUGCCAGAUAACUAGUUAACUACUGUUAUCUUACCCUUUCACCUAGGAUAAGUGUUUUCCUAAAAAACAUCAAAAUAGAAAUUAACUGAAGGAAAAACCACAUAGCUGAUAAUAGUUUGGGGUUAGCUUAGUUUAGCAUAAAAACUGCUGUAGCAGCUGCCAGAUAUGAGAGUGUUAUCAAUCUUCUCAGCUACUUCUCUGUAAGAAAAUAAAUCAGCAUAUUUCCCAAAUUUGUCAAACUAUUUCAUUCAUUUUUGGUGUUCGAAAUCCAUUUCAAAUGUUCAGUAUUCUGGCUGUCAAGUGUUUAAAAAUAAUGCCACUACAAACUCUGCUAAAUGAAUCAGGCUCAAAUGUACCUGAUCAAACUAUACAUUAUACCUCACCAGCGAUAACCUAGUUGCUACAUAGCAAUUUGAAGUGCAAGAGUGAAUCAAUCAGUGCCAGGUCAUAUUGUAUCAUGAGAGACGUGGUUCUCAAAUUGGUACAAUUGGCUCCCAAGGGCCUAAAGCAUGUGUAGCUUAUCACCUGAAACAGAAAACAGUUGAUUCUGCAAUUAUUUCAUAUGAGAUUCCUAAAAUGAAAUGUAUGGGUCUUCACCAAAAUGUAGCCUGGCGGCGGUAACUUCCGUCCAACUAUCUGCUGGUCUUUGGCAUUAGAGGGUCUGAGAACCACUGCAUAAAUAAAUGGAUACAUGUCAGAGUUAGGUGUUUGUGGUACUGUGUUGAGUUUCUUUCAUAGGAAGGCUUUUGUCCUUUUACCUCUAUGCAUGCACGGUGUGCUGCAUGACAAUAGGUACUGUUUGCCAUAACCAUCGUUAUGGCAAACAGAAUGUUGUAGGCACCAAAAUAGAGUUUCUGAGAAGCCUGAUUUGCACAACAGGGCUCUGCAUGACAAUGACUGCUCAUCUGAAGUCUUGGAACAGAUGACCCUUUAGAAAAUGCUGUUUUGCCGAAUGUGGGCGACAGAAAAGACUGCUGUCAUCCUUAGGUAGUAGUGAUGAAAGACACACACUCACUUAUCUUAAAGCGUGCCUCUGAAUAUCAUCACAGUGAUGAAUAUGCCCAACCUUGUCACUGUGUGUGAGUUUGUUGUGUGUUGUGUGUGCCGUGUUUGUUCAGAAGAAGUAUUUUUAACUGUAGUUUCAAAGAAUAAAGUUAUCAAGGAAACUA